GCAGCAGCAGCAGCAGCUGCCAGCUGAACGAGUCGAGCCAGUAGCCAUAUAGUCGAGGAGAUCGGCGGCAUCGUCGGCAGCGAAUGGAGCUUUUGUUCUCGCGCGUAUGCAAUACGCAACUGGUAAUAAGAAAUGUGAUCCGUUCCGUGGCGAAAUGGCAACGAUAGCUUGUUGCUUUUAAUCGCGAAAAAUCGAAAGCGGGAGCUCCUGGUAUGGUGUGUUACACGAAAACAUCACGGAUAUAGGAAAAUGUCGCUGACGGCACGUUCGAUCCAAAGAAAUUCACUGACAAAUAGGUGAAGAUGGAAGAUGAUGCGGACCUCAGAGAACAACUGUUUCACAACACAGUACGGGAGAAUAUCAUAUUCUUCCUUCUGUUUCUGGUCCUGUGCGUUUCGAGUUAUGCAUUGAUCGCGAGGUUCCGGCGAAGGGAUCGCGAGGAUUACUUCUCCGUGGACGAGGACGAAGCGACCGUCUACAAGAUCAGCCUAUGGCUGUGCACCGUUGCACUGGCGGUUUCCGUCGGGGCGACCUUGCUGCUUCCGGUCUCGAUCGCCAGUAACGAAGUGCUCAUUUUGUACCCGAACAGCUAUUACGUCAAGUGGCUGAACAGCUCGCUCAUACAAGGUCUAUGGAAUCAUGUGUUUCUCUUUUCAAAUUUGUCUCUCUUCGUAUUUCUGCCAUUUGCGUACUUGUUCACGGAGUCAGAAGGAUUCGUCGGUUAUAGAAACGUAAGAUCGGGAGUAAUGGCUAGAGUUUAUGAAACCGUCACAGUUCUUUGCCUACUGGGUACACUCGUAUUAGGAAUGACUUACGUGUUAUCGGCACUUGUAGAUUAUCAAAUAUCCAGUCUUCACUUGCUCAACUUGUGGAGUUACUACUUGCCUUUUCUUUACUCUUGCGUUUCUUUCGUCGGAGUCGUUAUGUUGUUGCUAUGCACACCAAUGGGAUUUGUACGGUUGUUCGAAGUAGUCGGUUCGUUUCUCGUUAAACCGCAGUUCCUAAAGAAUUUAGAUGAAGAGUUCUUCGCGUACAGAUUAGAAGAGGAUUGCAUCCGUAGAAGACUACAACACGCGAAAGCGACGGGAAAAUCGUACGUUUCGCCAGUGCCUAUGUCGAUACCGAAUUGUGGUUCUGUGCUUGAAGAGGACGACGAGCUGCUCAACCCAAAUCCGAGCCUGAUGUGCUUGAGGAACGGCGCUCUCCAGCGCGGAUUGUCGCAGCGAUUGGAAGACGUUCAGAAACGGAGGAAGAUCUUGGAUCAGCAAAGGCGGACCUGGUGGGUUCGACGCACCUUGCUCUACCCCUUGGCCAUGCUGGCGCUACUUAUAUUGUCCACUGCCACGGCUCUCCUAGCGGUUCAAAACACGUUAGAGCUGCUGAUCGGUAUCAAAGCGUUGCCCUUGAGCACGAGGCAAUUCACUCUGGGCAUUACUUCACUGUCGAAGCUGGGACCUGUCGGAGCAGCGAUAGAAGUAUCUGUAAUUUUGUAUUUAGCCGUUACGAGCGCGAUAGGUCUGUACACCCUGCCAGGCGUCAGGUCGGUUCGACCUCGGCUUCGUUCCACGCCGCUUACUCAUCUGAUCGCCAACUGCGCUCUUCUUCUUGUACUCAGCUCGGCGUUACCGCUACUAUCUCGAAUAUUAGACACGUUUGUUUCAGGUAUGACGAACUUUGAUUUGCUGGGCGAUUUCGGGCGCAUCGAAUGGCUCGGUAAUUUUAAGCUAGUAUUGUUCUACAAUUUAAUCUUUGCCACGGCCGCGAUCGGUUGUCUGACGACCAAAUUCACGGCUACCGUUCGCAAAGCGCUGAGGAGCAGUCUGAUGGGCAUCUUCAGAGCCGAGGGUAAGAAAAAUUCUCUGGGGAUGUUCUUCGCCGCGAAAGAAGAUUGACUCGAGAAACGAAAACAGAUAUGUAUAUAUAUAUACAUGUGUAUGUGCGUGCGUGUGCGUGUGCGUGUAUAUCUGUCGUUUAAUGAGACUUCAACUUUUAGGGAAAUAAUUGGAUUUGCAUAAUAUUAAUCGCGCGCGCGCGCGCGUGUACGAUAGUUGUAUCAAUUAUUUAUUAUACGAUCGCUAUUUUAAUAAUUAUUUACUGAAAGUAUACUAAUAAUACCAGUCUUAUACAGAAAUGAACGUGAACUCGACGCUAACUCCGAGGCGGCAGUAUUGUGAUAAUAAUAAAAAAGACACGUGUGUACGCGGGUUUAGCGGGAGGACGUAAUCAUUUCUGAACUGUAGUGAAAUAAAAUGAUUUUCUAUGUACGAUACACAUUGACCAUUUCCAUGAUGGAAAGGACACUAGAUUCGAGUGUAUGCCGGUUAGUAAGUAACUGAUUUUCGUUGUUUGUGAACGAGAAAUGGUGCCGUACAGAUAGGCAACGUGCCUAACGUGUUACUCUAACGAUGUAAGGUGAAAUAAGAUCGUUAGUUGACAGACGAUAUACGACGCGCUGUAAAACUCAGUUUUGUUUUUAAACGCGUUUCGAAUGCAUUUUUAUCGAACGACUCGAAUGGUCAAGCUUGUCGUUAUAAAAUCGACUGUUCAAGUCGUAUUCGUAGCGAGUGUAAUAUAUCACGCAUUUUAAGGUAGACACACGCAGCAGACUGCAUGGAUGAUAACAUAUGAAUGAUCUUAAAAUUUUCGUUAUCGUCUCGACUGAUUUUUGUUUCUCGUUGUUAGUUCCGUCGCCGCCAUGGUGGUUUGAACGAUCGAGGAUUUCAAUUAUUUAUUUUAGCUUAAAAAAAGCUCGCUCUUCUGUCGCUUGACCGUGUUGAUACGUUUGCCAUGUUCGUUUAACGAGGUCGAAAUAUUACAACAAUAUUAUGUGAUAUACAUUCAUGUAUCUUGUCAACGAGACAAUACACGGAUAUCGUUAAGACACACACACGAAACAGCGAGAUGUAUAUUAAAUACACGUUUAAUCAGAACAGUAUCUCAGGAUAUUAAAUAAUGCUUAAUAUUUGUUAAUAUAUCACCAGCAAAGUCGUGGUGGACUAUAAAGAAAUCGGACUUUUUUCGCUGGGAGAGUUCUUUAUACACCGAACUACAUGUAAAUGAAUAAAUAAAAGGAAAAAACACUUUCAAAUA